ACUAGCCAAUUGUUAGUAUGUGAUGAUACAACGUUUUAAGUUUUGCAGUUAUAUUGAUGUUUUCAAUACAUUUAUGCACACCGCAGCGUUUGGGAUUUAUACUUUAUUUGUGCAAAUAUUUUGCAUUUAUAAGUGAGCGGACUUGGAUAAUAUACCAACGAAGUCAAAGAUAAACACGAUGUUCACUUAGCGACAUGAAGUCCAGUGAAUACAGUUACGUCUUCAAAUGCGUCAUCAUUGGUGAUUGUCACGUUGGCAAGACGACGCUGCUACGGCGCAUGCUCGGGGAGCCCUUCCUGCCCAAGCCCGCACCGAUGCGAAACAGUCCUAUCUCGCUACGGCAUCUACAAUGCGUCGACAAGAUUUUCACAACGUCCGAAGGAGACCGAGUGAAGUUGCAAGUCUAUGAUACUAUGGGUUUAGAGCGCCACCGCAGUCUGACGUUGUCCUACUAUAGAGAUGCACAUGUUUGCCUUAUCUGUUAUAACGUCCACAAUCCAGAAUCGUUCGACAAUCUCAAAACAUGGCUAGCAGACGUUCACAAAUACCUUGGCAGGGACACACAUUUGGUUAAAAUGUUGGUAGGAAUAAACAGCCGGGCGCCGGUUUUGUUUGUGAACGGGUCUAUACCCGGCAUAGAUACGGAAUUCGUGGAUGUCGAACCGAUCACUAAAAGGCCUACGGAGCUCGCGCAAGAGUACGAUACUCUCACGUGCGAAGUUCAACUCUGCGAUGACACAGACGUGAAAACGUGUUUUAAAACGGCCGUAGAUUCGCUUGUGAAACGUUUUCAUGAUGACUAUGCACGAAGCACUGAGCUGAACAACGGCUCCGUACAUCUUACUGCCGACAGCUCAAAAAGGAGCUCAUGCUGUUAGAAAUAAACUGCUGUUUGUAUUUGUUUUUAAUGCAAUUAAAAUCUUCCAUGCUUUGUAUUGACAGUUCAAACACGGUGAGCGAAGCUUUACCUAUUGUUUCAUGCUUGAUGUCUGUGUUGUAUGUACAUGUAAUGUCUUGUAUUGUUUAGGCAACUGGUCACUUGCCAUAAAAGACUACAAAAGGUUAACAAGACUAUCUCUUCUGAAAAUAUCUCUAAAUAUAUAUUUUCCUAUUCUUAUUUGUUAGAACACCGUAUUCCUUAGUAAACAACCGCGCGAUUAAUGAUUACUUUUUUUUCUAACAAGCAGUAUUUUUCUAUACCGCGAUUUACGACAAACAAUAUGGAAAUUGAUUAAAUUCAAAUCGCCCUUUUGUCUGGGUUAUUAACCAAAUACUGGGUGUCAUGAAAAAGGUUUGAUAUUGUAGCACUUUUUAACAAAGGAUAUUUUUCACUUUGUGGUAAAUUGUAAACAAAACAAUGUGUGUUCCCGACAGAAAAGCCACACGAGAAAAUAUGUUUCUAACGUGUUAUUGCCUUUAGCAGGUUUCUAUGUCCACAUAUUAACAGUUUGAGCCCAGGUUGCAAAUCUUCUUAGUUUCUUUGCUCUUGUUAUGACAACCAUGUAUGUCCUGUAUGCAAUGUCCCUCAUUGCACACCCAUGAAUGUACAUCGUCUUGUCCGUUUCAGAGCAUUUAAAAAAAAAAUAUAAUAGCAAUGUUAUUUCAAAAAGCAAACAUCGGGCUAUUGACUAUAUAGAUCUUACCUUCUGUUAUGCACUCUUGAUCAGCAAAUGAUUGAUUGCAUAAAUCUAUUUUACGGAGUAUUCUGGACAAAGUAGAUGUAUCAUGAUAUUGCUCUCAACAGACACGAUAUCUAUCUCACGGAGGAAUUUUGAGCAAGUCGGUGUAUCACGAUUGGGCUCUAAACUGAAACAAUAGCUAUCUCACGGAGGAAUCCGUAGCUAGUCGAUGUAUCACGAUUUGGCUCUAAACAGACACGAUAUCUAUCUCACGGAGGAAUUUUGAGCUAGUCGAUGUAUCACGAUUGGGCUCUAAACUGAAACAAUAUCUACCUCACGGAGGAGUCCGUAGCUAGUCGAUGUAUCACGAUUGGGCUCUAAACAGAUACGGUAUCGAUCUAGCGAUGUAUAAUCAAAUACGGCCAGUUUCUGUUUUCUCUUUUUUGUCUCGUAUAUUGUUUCACAGCCGGAUUGACUGGCUCAGAUGGUAGAGCGCUGGAAUUCAAAGUUGAGAAUCGCGUGUUUUAACCCCGGCCCGGCAACAUACAUUGUGUCUUGAUUGGUCAAGAAAUCAUUUAUACGGCCAUUCUCAACUCUACAUCUGAUUCAAGAAGGUUGUCAUUAACCAGCAUAUUAGUAAGUAACAGCGGAAACCCCAACCAUACAAACAAACACAAUAUCGUUCGACAAAUCUCGUAUAACAUUUACUUUUACAUUUCUUAACGGAACUCUAUAUGAAACAUGCGAUUUAAAUAUUAUUUGAUUACCAUCUGGCAAAUGGAUUUUAUGUACAUAUUUGCGUCAGUUUUACAGUAUUGCUCACCGUGUGCUGACAAGACAAAGUGUUUUAUUUUGUUAAAAAUAUUUUGUUAACUGGGCAAUUACAUGGUGAUACCCAGUUUAAUAAUGUUUGAAAAAAAUACUCUCAUAUAUUUGAUGAGUUUUAAUGUACAUGUAGUUUCUUUCUGUGAUGUUUUUAUGUUCGAAGAUGAUAUGUUCUCGAUCACAAAAUGUGAUCAAUUUACAUUAAGUUUACAUGUGACAUGUUAUAAGUGACCAUUUAAGCUCUGCCAGAACUAGUUAUUUCUUUGGAACAUGUAGUUUUCAAUAUUUAUAUUAUUGUAAACUGUUAUGUGAAAAUGCUAUUGCUUUUAAGAACAAUAACAUAGCGACCAGAAUAGUUAUUAUAAUCUAGAUGUACUGUAUUUGACUGAAGUGCGAUGUAAUUAAUUAAUGUAACGGUAUAUAGUUCAGCCAAAACGGCCAUUUGAUUGUAAAUGAGCGGCUCUGUGGAAACGUGGCUUAAUGAAUGUACGUUAAGUGUUGUCCAAAUUAGUCAGUGCAAUCCGUUGGUGGAAGGGGUGGGGGCUAUACGAAAAGGCACAGGACAAAAAUCGAUCAAACAAUCGAUCGGCAAUCGAUUUCUAGUAUAUCCCACAUGAAAUCGUGAAUUCGCAUACGCCCUCGUCU